AUGCUUUUCAAGGCAAUAUCAUUCUUUUUCUCGCCAUUUUGGAAUAUUAUUGAUCCAUAUUUGAAUAGUCUGGUUGACCUUUUUUCAGCACAAAAAGCUCAACGAAUUACUAUAAAAUCUAUUUUUAUAUUUGUAGCAGUUGCAACAUUAGUAAGUUUUGCAUUUCUUUCAUAUAUAGCAUUUUAUUAUGUCUAUAUUCCAAAAAUCGCGCACUCAAAACCAGUUCAUUUACAAUAUCAUCAAGACAAAUUGAUUCAUAGUAUGAUCGAUUUCACUGAAAAUGGAUUAUAUUCAGAUUUUCUAUCAGCAGAUCAAGCUUAUGAUAUUUCAAUUGAUUUGGAUGUUCCUGAAUCGGAUCGAAAUGUUGAUUUGGGCAACUUUAUGAUUAAUUUGGAGUUGAAGUCCAAGGAUAAUAAUACAAUUCAGUCUUCUGGUCGACCAUGUAUACUUACUUAUAAAUCCAAAUUACUUCGUAUUACUUCGACAAUUUGGAAAUUAAUUCCAUUAGUCUUGGGAUUUGUCAAGGAAGAUCAAAAGUUGAAAGUUGUAAUGUUUGAAAAUUUUAUUGAAAAUGGUGAUAGUCCAAUGACCCAUGCAUAUCUUACUAUACCAGAUAAAAAUCCGGAAGUUUAUAAUGCAAAUAUACAAUUAGACGCACAUUUCAGAGGAUUAAGAAAUCAUCCUGAUGAAGAUGAAGAGCAAGUGGAAAAUGGUGGAUCCGAAUUUGUAUCAAAUAAUGAUGAGUCAAGCAAUAUAUCAGAUGAUGAUGAUUCUAUAACUUCACACUCAGAGUCAAUGAAUCCAGAAAAUACAGAUUAUGAUGAAUCAGGAUUUGAAACCACUGGUGAAGGUAAUAAUUAUAAUACUACUACAGAUAAUUCAGAUGUUGAGACACCAAGAAGGAGAUUGUCAAGAUUAUCAUCAAAUAACGAUGAUGAUUAA